UUAUACUGCAGAAGUAACAGAAACAAGUCAAGCAUCAUAUGAACUCAUGAAGUACGACUUUAGUAUUAUCUGCCACUUCUUUCCAAUAUCUUUGAAAAUAAAUCAAUUUGUUCAGUGUUCUUGGUGACCAUACCAGUAUGUAUGCCAUUGUUAUGGAGGAAGCCACCAGACCUGUGCGCCUAUGCAAGAAAGUCCUGUCAGCAAAACUAAUGGAUGUCAGAUAAAUAAGCUUAGAAGAGCAAAUAAAUGCACUGUGAAAACCAUGUCAUCAAGCCACAGGCCUAUCUGUAGUGAUAUUAUACACUCCACUGCCUCCAGUCACAGCCCAGGAUAAUGAGAAUCCAUGUUCAGAGUCAUCUGAUCUUGCAAAAAUUGACAGCGCAGCUAAUAAUCCACCAUAAUUCAGAACCUGUACUGGAUUUAAAAUGCAGCUUUAUUCUUGUUGCCUUGCUUUUGAGGCAGAUUAAAUAAAUCAAAAAGGCAAGGCUCUCAGAUCAUUAUUUGUAUGUUACAGCUGUCCAGUUAGAGUUGACAGGCUUUCUUUACAUGGCCUGUUGAAUGAUUAAAAGGCAGAGUAAGUCUCGGAGACUCAUAAACGGAAGGAAGGGGGUUUGAGGGGAAAUGAUUACGACAAAGAAAAAAUCAGGCUGACAAAGUAACUCACUAGAAAUUGUUGCACUUCUACACAAGCACCAGGUCCCAUAUAUAUGAAAAAAAACCCAACAACAAUAGCCACAGCAAGGAAACUGGAUGAGCGCAUUACACAUUUGAAGUGGGAAUCAGAACAAAGUGUUUGAUACUGUUCUACAUCAGAAAACUGGACUGAACCUUCUGCAAGGUGAAGAACAAGCAAACCAGAAUGAAAGGUAUCUGGCUUUUGGUUCUGAGUGUCAUCUUGUUAAUAUACAGAGCUUGUGGAUGUCCUGACAAAUGCCUUUGCCAUACAGCUUCAAAGACUGCAGACUGCAAGAACAGAGGAUUUACUGAAAUUCCUGCCCAUUUACCUCCUGAAAUACAGAUAUUACAGCUGCAGAAUAAUCGUAUUUGGAGAAUCAACCAAAAUGCAUUCACUGGAACACCGCUGCUUAAAAUCUUAGACUUGUCUAAUAAUUCUCUCUCAAGUUUGGCACCAGGUGCUUUCCAGAAAUUACGGUAUCUACAGGUUCUAAACCUAACUAGAAAUAUGAUUCAUUAUGUAGAAAACAAAACUUUCAGCUUCCUCCCACACCUAAAAGAACUGGACUUGUCAUCUAACAGAAUUAUACGUUUGCCUGAUACUUUUGGAAACAGCACAGGGAAUAUAACUUUGCUGUCUGUGAAGCAUAACAAACUUCAGAAAAUGGAGAGAGUUCUGCUGGAAUCGCUUCCAAACCUGAAAGUGGUUCUUUUCAAAGAUAAUCCCUGGCAAUGUAAUUGCAAUGUCUUUGGCAUGAAAUUGUGGCUGGAGAGCUUUUUAUACAGAGGAGGAAUAAGUGAUGGCAUUAUCUGCUCAGCCCCAGGGAUUCGGAAGGGAAAGGACCUCCUCAAAGUUCCCUAUGAGCUAUUUGGGGCAUGCCCUCUAAAGACAGCUCACUUUCAUCUGGCUAGCAUUCACCACCAUAGCUCUGAGCACAGAAGUUCUCUGAAGCAUACUCAUCACAGUGAGCAUGGGGAAAACAGCCGUUCAAACUGUGAACUCAAACCGAAGCCCAGGCCUGUUAGUUUGCGUCAUGCAAUUGCCACUGUAGUAAUAACUGGAGUUGUCUGUGGAAUUGUGUGUCUAAUGAUGUUGGCAGCUGCUGUUUAUGGUUGUGCCUAUGCUGCAAUUACUGCUAAAUACCACAGAGAACAUUUGGCCCCGGUCAGACAACAUGGGACUCCUGAGGAAAAAGGGCUAUUUGAUAGUUCCUUGGCUUGAGUUACUUCUGUCUGGUUUCUUGAA